UCAUGAAAAGUGAUCAAAUCUCAGAUUCUGAUAAGGCUAAUUAGAAUGAUGCCGUAAAGUAUAAAUGCAAGAGUAGCUGAUCGCUGGACAUAAUUAGUUUGGGAUUCAGUUACAAACAUGAAACUCUUUCUGAUCGCUGCUCUUGCCUUUGUGGCUCUAGCUAACGCUGGCCCAAUAGCUGAGGAUGAGCCAAAAAAUGGCUACAUCUUCAUGCCUGAUGGCGAUGGCUAUCCUCAUCUGGUUGAUUUAACGGAAACCAGCUAUGAAACUCCAGAAUUGAUUCAACGGUCUAUCAAUGACAUUUCCUUCAAUCUCUAUACAAAACAAAACCCAUCCAAAGCUCAAGUCAUAACUCUCAACUCGGCUAGCAGCGUCACCAAAAGCAAUUUCCGCGCCAAUCGACCCACCCGUUUUGUGACUCACGGCUGGCGUUCUAGCGGAUCCUCAGAUGCCUGUGUUUUGCCCCGCAAUGCUUAUCUCGCCACUGGAGACUACAAUGUCAUUGUUGUUGACUGGAAGAAGACUGCAGGAAAUCUCAUAUAUCCCACUGCUGCAAAGAAUGUCGCAGCUGUUGCCGCACGAGUAUCACAAUUUCUGAAUUUCAUGCAUAAAGUGGCUGGUCUUAACUUUGGAACAACAAUGCUAGUCGGACAUUCUCUUGGAGCUCACGUUUCUGGUCUUGCUGCUCGUGGUGCCAGCGGAACUAUUCAAGCUGUUGUCGCCCUCGACCCGGCACGUCCAAACUUUGACCAUGUCGGUGAUGAUAAACGUGUCAGCAAAUCUGAUGCUGCUUACGUUGAGGUAAUUCAUACUAAUGCUGGACUCCUAGGACUGAAAGAAAAGUUAGGUCACAGUGACUUCUUCCCCAAUGGUGGCAAAGCUCAGCCCGGAUGUGGUCUUGAUUUAGCUGGAUCUUGCUCACACGGUCGUUCUUAUGAAUACUUUGCCGAGUCUAUUCGUAAUCCAACUGGAUUCCGUGCUGCGUCAAAUGUAUACAUGGGUGGUAGAACUCUGAAUACGCGCAUAAAAGGAAGCUACACCUUCAACACUAAUUCCAAGUCUCCAUAUGCCAGGGGAUAAAUAAUGCAUUCAAAAGAAACAACAAUGUUAUUAUGCCUAAUGGCAGUCUAUAGUCUAUAUACUGACUUUUAGGCAACAAUAAAUGAUACAUUGACCCAA